AUGGACGACUUGUUCUCCCCUUUCAAUAUCGGCCAUUUUAUUUCGCUUAUUUAUUUUCGACUCCUUUAUGCUCGCCUUUUAACUUCUUUCUUUUUCUUUUUUCUUUUUUGUAAUGUUCCUUAUUGUGAAGUGAUCGCUGUCACCGAGCAAGAAUAUGUCACCCCCCGUGCAAGCGGCCGCAGUUUGAACGGCUCAAAGCGAUCGGCGUCUGUCCACCCGCUGUUCGUCCUGGAAAAGGAGGUGUACAAGAAACUGGACACAAAUGGAUCGGCGUCCACGUCGGCGGCUGCAACCGGAAGUGGCCAUAGGGAACCCGUUCGUAAUCUUUCCGAUUCCAGGUAUACUGACAACAGUGAAGGAAGUUUCACCAUUCAUUACAUUAAACACUACAGCGGGGCUAUUUUGGGAACGGCUUCCGUUACCUUCCAAGGACCCGUCCGGCUAAACCGGGAAUUUGCCAAAUGCCUUCGGGACCGUAUGACUAUCAGCCAAAACCGACCAAAACAUUUCCUUGCUUUUGUCAGUCCCAAGAGUGGUAAGAAUCGCGGCGUGAAGAUCUUUCGCAACAAAGUUCGUCCAAUUUUUGAAUUGGCCGGAAUCAAGGUCACCGAAGUUGUGACGGAGAGGCAGAGACACUCUGUCGAGUACUUACAAAAAUGUGACCUCAGCGAUUUUGAUGGGUAA